GACGCUUAAUAACAAAAUAGUCCAGAGUUUGUUUGUUUGUUAGUUAGUAAAUUGUUGCUUAAUUUAAAAUAAACACGUUUGUUUUGUUUCUUAGUUUAAUUUUCAUCUAGUUUGACGGUAUUACGUUUAUCUUUGACAGACCGUUAGAUGACUUUGAUUGAUGUAUUUAGUGCGUCCAAGUUGUAUUCGCGGGUGUAUAUGCGUGCGGUGCAUAAAGUUUAUUCGGUGGCGUAGCACGUAUUUUGUUUGGUUUGCUCGAAUUAAAAUUCUUAGAACUAUGUCUAGUAUAAAUUAUACUACCCGUACCGAGGGACAAACUAAAAUAAAUACCAUAAUAUGGACAGUGCCAAAUUUUAUCAUACUGCUGGAAAACAAAACUAAAAGAGAGUUUCGCACCGAGAAAUCUAAGGAUCCCUCUACUGAUUUGUCUGAAUCAAGAUUUCAAUUGAAGAUGCAAUUCUUAGGAAGAGAUAAUGACAUCAUAGAAAUCUACUAUCUGUCUCCAACUCCAGUAUUCUUGAAGUCUAUCCUAACCAUAUGCCUGAAACGUUUCGAAGAGCGAUCGAUAGUAAUAAAAGAGUAUCACACUGUUCAGGCAAAUAAAUGGCAGUACUUAGCAACCCUAUUCAAACGAGACAUCGCCAGUUAUGAUGGCAGAGACAUAUUCCUACUUAGUGAUGGCAGUUUGCGACUUAAAUUCCAGUUUAUGGUGACUAAUGAUAUUAAAGUGGACCACUCGAACAUCCCUGAGGCACAACUGAGCAAUGAUUUUGAAAAUUUACUAAACAAUGGAUUGUUUUCUGAUGUCACUAUGAAAUCUGCUGAGGAUGUUGAAUAUAAGGUGCACAAGGCUGUGUUAGCGAGCCGAAGUGCAGUGCUCAGGGCACACUUUGAACAUAAUACUACUGAAUGCUACACUAAUGUUGUUGAAUCUCCAUUAGAGUCGGAGGUAUUGAGAGAAGUCCUGACUUUCAUAUACAGUGACAAAGCUCCAAGGGUAGACGAAAUACCAGAGAAGUUGUUGGCUGCGGCAGACUAUUACCAACUAAGCAGAUUGAAGAAUCUCUGCGAGGAAGCUUUGCAUAAGAAACUAACAGUGGAAAAUGCCAUAGAAACUUUACAACUGGCUGAUCUUCACUCUGCUAAUGCGUUGAAGCAGCUUACCCUGGAGUUCAUAAAGGAUGGUCAGGCAAAACUAAUAACCAAGACUGAAGGUUGGAAUAAAGUGAAGUCUGUAGAACUGAUCAAAAGGAUUUAUGAAUACAUUAUGACUGAUGAUAUUGAUGCAGAUAUUAAGUAGUUAACUAUCUCACUACAGAAGAUUUCUAUGAGAUUAAACUUGACAAUUGUUGCUCAUAUUGUCUUCAUAUUUCCAAAUUCCUGACAGAUUGUAGUGCAUUCCAGCUUAUGUGCGAGUGUGUGUGUGAUUAAUGUUUUAAAUCUUAAUGGCAAUUAAGAUGAACUUGUCCUAUUAUCAUUGUUCUUAUUAAUGCCAGAUUGUUAUUAGUAAUUAUGAUAUUACAAUGACUAAAUUCUUAAUUAUUUUGCCAUUAGAAUUUAAAAGAAAAAUUGUAAUGUUGAGGGCGUUAAAUUGGACUGUAAUGAAUGAAUGUAAUAAAGUAGCAUAUUUAAUUUUGAAAUAUUUAUUACAAUUUGAUUAACAUACAAUUAUCAAUGUCGGCUAAUAUGGUAACGAAAUUGGUGUAAACAUUCCUCUAACAUUUAGUCUACUAUUACAAAUGUUUUGUCUAUAAUUAUUAUGAUCUCAAGUAGGGUGCAAGUUUUGUAGCAAAUCUAAAAUGAUGUCAAUUAGGUCUUUAAGUUAUCAAUAUAAAUCUCAUUUUAUAUGUUUAUGUAUACAAUAUUUUGAGAAGUGUGUAACAAAUAAAAUGUCUUAUAGACAAUAUGACAAGA